CUUUAGAGAAAUGGCUCAGCCAGCCAGCUUGGUUGUGACGUGUUUUCUGAAACAAAAUUUUGUAGGGAAUGAAAAUCAUGGAAAAAAAAUACACCACUAUCUCCUGUUGUGAAGUUGGUUUAUUAGCUGUUAUCAAUUCUUAUUAAAAUUUAAACACCUUAAUGUGUUCAACAAACUCAUUGGACAAAUAAAUAUUUUCAAGACCCAUCCAAAUCACCAGUGCCACUUCUCUUUUUCCUGUGGCUCCACCCCCUUCAUCUAUUUGCUUAAGAAAACAUUAGUGUCUGCAGUAGCAGAUGCACACUAGUUUCUCCCCGCAAACAAACAAGGCUUAAUGAAAACCCCAGAAAGUAGGAGCUCGUGGGAGAGAAGAGAGAAAAGACAAGUUCACAAGGUUCCUGGGUGGAGCUCCCAAUGAACAGCAGCAAUGGCAACGACAAUGGCAAUGGGAAAAAUGGGGGGCUUGAGCAUGUACCUUCCUCAUCCUCUAUCCACAAUGGAGACAUGGAGAAGAUUCUUUUGGAUGCACAGCAUGAAUCGGGACAGAGUAGUUCAAGGGGCAGUUCUCAUUGUGACAGCCCUUCCCCACAAGAAGAUGGACAGAUUAUGUUUGAUGUGGAAAUGCACACCAGCAGGGACCAUAGCUCUCAGUCAGAAGAAGAAGUUGGAGAAGGAGAGAAAGAAGCCGAGGGUUUGAAGAAAAGUGUAGACUGGGUUUCUGACUGGUCCAGUAGACCUGAAAACAUUCCACCUAAGGAGUUCCACUUCAGGCACCCUAAGCGUUCUGCUUCUUUAAGCAUGAGAAAAAGUGGAGCCAUGAAGAAAGGGGGUAUUUUCUCUGCAGAGUUUCUUAAGGUGUUCAUUCCAUCUCUGUUCAUUUCUCAUGUUUUGGCUUUGGGGCUAGGCAUCUAUAUUGGAAAACGACUGAGCACAUCUUCUGCCAGCACCUACUGAGAGAAAGCCCCUGGAAACGUGUGACCUAUGAAGUGGUGUUAUUGUCAAAUUAGUUUAUUUGAACUUGAGACCAUUGUAAGCAUGACCCAUCUACUGCCCUAUUUUUACAUAUCCAAGUUCCAGUAACUCUUGAAAUUCAGUAUUUUAUUCAGACUCUGUUGAGGCAUUUUACUAACUUCAUUCAUUCCCUUUUUGGCCUGUAAGACACUUUAGAAUUUCCUAACAGAGUUUAAUGUUGUUUAGAAAUUUGCAAGGGCUUCUUUUCUGCAAAUGCCACCAGCAGAUUAUAAUUUUGGCAACAAUGCUAUUGUCUCCAAUUAGUACCACCAGACUAGACCUGCAGCAUUCGUAGUAUAAAUUUUACUCUUGCAAGGUAACUACUAUCACUCUGUUAAAAUGAGAUGAGGUUAGUGGAUGAUACAAAAGCUUUGUUUUUGUUUUUGGUCAAGUCAAAAGCAAGCUUCCCUAAGCUUGAUUUAAAAGUUAUUUAAAAAGAACACAAAAAAACAAACAAAAAACAAGAUACAAGGAAAAAAAAUAUCCUGGGCAAUAAAAUAUUAUUUUAAACCAGCUGUGGAGCCACGUUCUGUCUGUGCCUCCUAGUAGCGCCUUUUCAUUUGUAGGAGGCAGGCUGUACAAAUGAUAGAUAUGAAAUAGAAUAAGAACUAAAAUCAUCAGCAGAUUUUAAUACUAGUAUGUUGUAAUGCUGUCUUUUCUAUGGUGUAGAAUCUUUAUUUCUGGUAAGGAAUGUCUCAGGCCUAGAAAUACAUGAAAUUGCUUUUGGAAUUUUUGUGUUUGGGAUUUUUAUGUUUUUUAGCUGCAUGUGAAUUUGUCAUGAUUUUCUUUAAAUUUAUUUCUUCAUUUUAUUUUCUCUAAGAGGAGGCUUUGGACUGAGUUCAAAUUUGUGGUGUAAAUACAGGCUUCUUGUUUUAGGAAGCAUCGUUUAUAAUCUGAAGCUUUUUAAACUGCAGAUAAUUGUUUCAGAGUUACACCAAGCACUUGUGCAACUUAGAAAAACAGAUUUGGGUUGUGGGAACAGUUGACAAAGUUCUGAAAAGAUGCCAUUUGUUUUCUUUUGGUCUCUCGCUUAUUAAUGUUUACUCUACUGUCUUACUGAGGUAAUUCCUAUGUUUCUACAGGCGCUGUUGAUUUUCUCAUGUAACCGUCUUUUCAGUUAUGUUAUGCUCUUGAAGUUCCAGAGCACUCAACAACUUCUUCCUUCAUUGACACGCUUUUUUCCUUCUAAAAUGUGAAGCAUUAGGACCAAAUUGUUAGAAAGUAUCAGGAUUGCCAGUUAUUUCAAGUAGAUUUUGUUGGAUUUCAGAAUACAUAGCAUAGCUAACUCUGAAGGAUACUACUAUAUGUUUUAUAUAUAUAUAAUUACUGUUUGAUUAUAGACAUUACUAUUGAAUAUUUAGGGAACCAUUAUUAAUUUUAAAACUAGCGGUGUAUUCAUUAAAGUGUAUCAAGUUGACUUGAAUUAAAAACACUAUGACAGCCAGGUUUGCCAAGUGCAGAAACUCUUUUCUCUCUCACAUCAUAUUUUAUAGAAUUGAUGUGCUAUAGCAGAAAAUAACAUACCGAUUAAACAAAAAUUAAUUUGACUUUUUUCAAGAAUAUAGCUGGGUAUCUUUUAAGAAAGAUGGCAUAUCCAAAAUUGUUUUCUGAAUUGGUUUUCUUUUCUUUUUUUCUUUUUAGCAUUUGAUGUCUAAAUAAUUUUAGAUAUCUUAUUAUACCUUGUUUCUAUCUUAAUCUUAAACCUGAUAACACUUGAUUUGCCUUCUAUAACCUGUUUAUUUCAAGUGCUCAUAUUUGAAUUUCUUUGGAAAGAAAUUAAAGCUAUGCUCUCUGAUUUUGAAAGCUUGAAUAAAAUUGAAAAAACUGAUAAAGUUGAGAGAACGACAUAGCACACCUUACUUUGUAUUACAAUUGGCAUGUCAUGGGAGGGAAAAGUAAAAUUAUACCUAGAGGAAUAGCAGCUUUUUACAGGCAUCCCAUUGCCUUCUUUCCAAACUCAGUAGUGAUUCUAUCAAUAGUAUGAUCAGAACUUGAGUGUAUUUAUGAUUUAUUUUCAAUAUUAAAAAUAAACUUAGUUUUGUCCUUUUUCCUAAAGUAUCUGGGAACUUAUGGAAUAUUAAUUAAAACAUGAACACAUGAUCACAGUAAAACUUAAAGGUGAAAUGCAGUAUUUAUUGAUAGCCCUAACAAAUGGGCUGAAUGUUUAUAGUUCCUACCCAGAUUUGUGUUGAACAGAAACAGAUUGUAUGAUUGGAAAGGAGAAUUCAACAAUUAAUAGAUGAGUUGUUUGGGGUUUUUUUGUUUUGUUUUGUUUUUUUAAGAUUAAUGUUUUAAAAGCUUUACACCUGUUUACAGUUUGGAGACAAAAGGCAGGCAUUGUUUUUAUGUUUGAAGAAAACUGGCUUAAAAUAUUUGUAAAAAGUGUCAAGAUCAAGAGCAAACAUACACAGACUUGCACACUGAAAAUGCAACAAGUUACCUUGAUUGCAGUAAAAAUACUUACUAUUCUAAAAAAUGAAAAUUGACUCAGCCAGUCAGGUGAUGUUUUAGAUGAACCAGUUGUUGAAAUUAUUGGAAUUAACUGAGCCAAAGCGAUUAUGCAUUCUUCAUCUAUUUAGUUGGCACUUUGUAUCAUUAUACACAGUUUACAAUACAUGUAUAACUUGUAGCUAUAAACAUUUUGUGCCAUUAAAGCUCUCACAAAACCUUUU